UUCUUCCACGAUCCCACCGCAAAAUUUUAACCAUUGUUAUAAAUGAAAAAUUCAAAUAUUUUUUUACGUGUUGUUUGUGGAAUAUUAUUUGUUGGUUAGAUUAGAUUUAGAUCCUGGUACAACAACACGUUCACUUCUUCCACAAUUAGACCCAUAUGUGAUCUGUCGUCACUCCUCCUCGGCAAGUUUUUUUUUUUUGUUGGGUUGUGUCGUCGUCGUCUUUAAACUUCAUUCAAUUCAAUAAAAAAAAAGUCUUAACGCCCCACAACGAAAAAGCAACUUCUCUGUUUUUUUUUUUUUUUUGUAUUGGUGACUAAAUCGGUGAAAAAAAACAACAACACAAGCUUUGUUCCUUUUUUGUCUCUCCAGAUCCCUAGGGUUCCUCUUCUCUCUUCUUCGUCCUCCUCGUGACUCUGUUUUGAAUUUUUUUUUUUAGGGUUUUUUUAUUUUUUUAAACUGUCGGCGCUAGUUUUCGUUUUUCUGAGAAUUUGAUUUUGGUUUUUCGGAAGUAAUGGGUGAUUGGGCUCAACUUGCUCAGUCUGUGAUCUUAGGUUUGAUCUUCUCUUACCUCUUAGCUAAGCUGAUCUCGAUCGUAGUCACGUUUAAAGAGGACAAUCUCUCUCUUACUCGUCACCCCGAGGAGCCUCAGUUGGAGAUUAAACCGGAAGGGGUUGACUCGCGAGGUCUCGAUUUUUCUAGCGGCGGCGGUUGUGAGGCGGAUUCGAUUGUGGCGGAGCAGGGUAGCUCUAGAAGUGAUAGCGUCGCUGGUGAUGAUAGCGAGGAAGAAGAUGAUGAUUGGGAAGGCGUCGAGAGCACGGAACUCGAUGAGGCUUUCAGCGCCGCCACUCUUUUCGUCACUACCGCCGCUUCAGAUCGGCUUUCCCAGAAGGUACCUAGCGAUGUGCAGCAGCAGCUUUACGGAUUGUAUAAAAUUGCUACUGAAGGGCCAUGUACUGCUCCUCAGCCUUCUGCUCUCAAGAUGACUGCUCGUGCCAAGUGGCAAGCAUGGCAGAAACUGGGUGCUAUGCCUCCUGAAGAAGCGAUGGAGAAGUAUAUUGAGAUUGUCACUCAGCUUUACCCAACUUGGUUAGACGGUGGCGUGAAAGCUGGAAGUGGGGGUGGGGAUGAUGCAGCCUCCAAUUCAAGAGGAACCAUGGGGCCAGGGCCAGUUUUUAGCUCGUUGGUUUAUGAAGAGGAAUCUGAAAAUGAGUUGAAGAUUGAUGCUAUCCACGCAUUUGCUAGAGAAGGAGAAGUCGAUAAUUUGCUGAAAAGCAUUGAAAGCGGCAUUCCUGUAAAUGCAAAGGACAGUGAAGGUCGCACACCGUUGCACUGGGCUAUAGACCGUGGCCACUUCAACAUCGCCAAAGUUCUUGUCGAUAAGAACGCCGAUGUGAAUGCUAAGGACAAUGAAGGCCAAACCCCUUUGCAUUAUGCUGUUGUAUGCGACAGAGAAGCCAUCGCUGAGUUUCUGGUGAAGAAGAAAGCUAAUACAGCUGCUAAAGAUGAUGACGGAAACUCUCCGCUCGAUCUCUGUGAAUCAGACUGGCCCUGGAUCCAAGAUACUGCAAAACAGACAGACUAAACAAAUACUAACCACGUCUUCUCUAAUUCCUCAAUGUAUAUGAUCAAGUGACUUAGUAAGAAGGCUUUUCUUUGCGUUAAACUUUUCUCUUCAUCCUUACCAUAUCGUUCCAACACUAAAAUCACUUGGAUGUUUCGAAGUCUUGUUCUUCAAUUUCUUCUUCUUUUGCAAUAAUCUUUUGUUC